CGUUUCGAGCCAGUCGCUAUAGCACACAUCCUCGCAUUUCUCUUUCGUGUUUCACGCGAGUCAAGAUUUAUCCGAGUCGCCCAACCGGUCAGUUGAAUUCGGACAAGCGUGUGGUGAAGAUCAAUUUUAUUACUCCUUUAAAGAAAACUCAAAGUGCCGUUUCUUAUUUUGAAGGAGGAGGCUUUUGACUUAUGUGUGAAAUAACAGUGCAGUGAUAACACGCGGAAAUAACUUUGCUGCGUAUUAUUGUCGCUCGCGAGACUUCGGCAAGAGUGUGAUUAUUGGAUUAACGCUGUAAAUGACGGAUUUCCAUACGAGAAGAGAAAGAAGGAGGAUGCUGUAAGCGUCCUUCCCAGUGGCAUAGCGUUAAUAAAUCAGAAGAACGCUUUAAGUGCCUUCGCGCAGUAUCAAAACACAGUGACAAAAUGCUUGUCGACGAGGUGCCACACAGCUUCAUGAAGAAGAAUUACAAUUACAGUCAUUGCCCUUUAAAGAAGCGGCCGUUUUAUUAUACGUCCGAGGAUGAAGAAGAAGCUCCUGAAGCUAUCAAAGAAGAAAUAAUCGAUGUCGGAGUAGACGAUAUCCCUGAACCUGAGAAUCUCAGCACGAAGCCCGAGGAUCUCAGCAGAACUGCAGAUCGCCAUCAUAGUCAUUCUCCCCAUCAACAACAACAGCAGCAGCAGCAGCAGCAACAGCAACAACAGCAAGAACAGGAACGCGCGUCUAGCAGGAUGCCACCUCCGAUUUUCAAGACGUCUCCUCCACCUUUAACGAUAGAGCCAUCAUCGCCGACAACUCAUCAUGCGAUGCACUACGUGCACCAGUUACAUCACUAUCACCAUCACUAUCCAACCAAGACUAUCACGCCGCCAGCGGGAAUCGCGCCGACCCAUCACCCGAUGGUGAAGAAGGCGCGAGUCGAGGUGAUUCAGCAUAAUGACAAUUCCACGACGACGCCGACGGCGGGGGUGACGGCGACGUCGACCCCGCUGCAUUUUAUGGCGAGCAAAGCGCCCCUGGAGCCGUUGAAUCUAAAUCCUCCGGUGGAACCGUUGGCUCAUUACCCUACGCCAGCCUGGGCUCGCACGGGCUCUCUGUAUCCGUCGCAUUAUCUGCCGUAUGCCCCGCCUACCUAUCAUCGCUAUCCUGGAGCGGAAUUGUAUUCGUCGUACCCGGUACCGGCGUAUCCGCACUCCUCUCCGGAACAUCCGUCAGUUUCGCCGCCGCCCCACAGCGCACUGACCUGCUCGACGAUCCAACGACCCAUCGCCAGGAGCUAUCCUCACUGGAGCAGUCCGGAUCACUGCGGUUUGUCACCUACGAGUUCCGUGGGUUCCGGCUCUCUGCGAUCUCCGCCUCCCGUGACGCCGGAAGAUCUUUCCUCACCCAGCAGCGAGAGCGGCAGGUCGUCCGCCGGCAGUACCUCCGCCGGGACGUCGAUCGUCAACACGAAAAUAGAGAAGAGCAGCCCGAGCACCGGCGCGAGCACCUCCUCGAGCACAACGUCGUCCAGGUAUCCAUGCACCGACUGCAACAAAUCUUACUCGACAUAUUCCGGCUUGUCGAAGCAUCAACAGUUUCACUGCGCGGCCGCUCAAGGCCAGACAAAGAAGUCCUUCUCGUGCAAAUACUGCCAGAAGGUAUACGUCAGUUUGGGCGCCCUGAAGAUGCACAUCCGAACGCACACGCUACCCUGCAAGUGUCAUACGUGCGGCAAGGCGUUCUCCAGGCCUUGGCUGCUCCAGGGUCACAUCCGGACGCACACCGGUGAGAAGCCGUUCCGAUGUCAACACUGCAAUCGCGCGUUCGCCGAUAGGAGCAACCUCAGGGCUCACCUACAGACCCACAGCGACGUCAAGAAAUAUUCCUGCGACAGGUGUAGCAAGACAUUCAGCAGGAUGUCGUUGCUCACGAAGCAUCAGGAUGGCGGCUGUCCCGGCGUGCCGGUGUCAGUCGGCUAUUCUUGCUAAAGUUUCGCGUCUCUGUGACCCACGAGAUAAACGUAUGUCGCUCGUUUUCAUUUCGCGGUCUCAAAGUGCCUUAGAAUGCAGUACAAAUGUCGAGUUAGUGAAGUCUGGUAUCUUGGUGAAUCGCUCGCGAAAUAUCGGUUAACUCUUUCGCCAUCCGACUAUAUCCUUCCAGGAAAGUACCUUUUAAGUUGUAAUUAAAGUUUUAAUUCAUAAAAAUAUUCUCCGAAAAGUUGCAUUUUUA